AGCAGUAAAACGAAUAUAUAGAUAUAAGUUCCUCAUCAGAAUCGUUUUUAAAGAUAUAAUGGGAAGCAUUUUGAGUCGUGUGUCUGGCAGCAAGAAGAGCAUUACAACAACCGCAAAAGACGCAAAAAUGGCUCCGGUUGGAAUGACUUAUUAUGAAAAGGCUCAGAGCACCUUUAAGCCUCCCUUGAUUGCAAAUGACAAUGCUUUCUUGGGCGAUAUUUCCAGCAGUGAAAAGAACGAUGCCGAACAUCCGGUCUCCUGCGGUUUCUACCGCCUGGAAAAGGGAACCCCCCUCGUCUACGAGUACACCUACCAUGAAAUGAAGAUUAUUCUCGAAGGCGAAUUUGAGAUCUCGGACGAGACGGGACAGAAAGUCACUGCUAAGCCCGGUGAUGUUUUUUAUUUCCCUAAGGGAUCGAAGAUUACUUUUACCACUCCGUCUUAUGGCUUGGCUUUUUACACCGGCCAGAGAAAGGAAGGUGCUGCUUAAGUGGUGGGAUGAGCUUAUGAAUAAUGAUGCAUUGUUUCCAUUCAUGUCAUGGCGAAUGACAAAGGAAUGGAUAUCGAAGCUUUGUCUAAUCCUUGGGGUCUGGUGCUGAUAGAGGAAUUAUUUCCCGAUUAUGAGAUCCUUCAGAUCCUGCACAAUAGCUUUUGUUGAUAGCUCCACUAUACGGUGACCCCGAGUCCAGCUGGCGCUAUGGGGUGGGUUUUCUGCAGGUGAUGUUUAUGGAGUAUGAAAUCAAUAUUUAACUUUUGCUAGUCUGCAUUUCUCAACUUUCAG